AUGCAGAAGCGAAGUGUAAUCUACUUGAUUUAUUUCAUCUUUCAAUUGAUUCCAUUUACGUACACUUGCGCGCAAAAACAUGCAGCAAAAAAGCACGAAUGUCAGGAAUCAAAUGACACGGAUAUCUGCAUUCUUUACGAAAUCCCAAAGAAAUUCAUUCCGGUCUCGAAUCAUCCGUUAGAUGUCACCUACUUGAUCAUCAAGGGCUCCUUGAGACCUGUCAUCAACACGAGCAUUUGCAACGAAUUUCCCAACAUUGAAAAAUUCAAUGCUGGCGGACAAUCGAUCGAAGUUAUCAUCGAUGGAGCCUUUGCCGCAUGCACCAAACUGCGAGAACUAUUUUUGGGUGCGAAUAAUAUCGCUGCCUUGGACAAAGAUACGUUCAAGAAUAACACACAACUCACCCAUUUGUGGCUUUACAUGAACGAGCUUGAAUCACUUCCGGAAGAGCUGUUUGCGCACCAACAAAAGCUCGAACAUCUUUAUCUUUCGUCAAAUAACUUGCAUGAAUUUCCGGUAGAGGUUUUUCAGUAUCUUGGGAAUAUGAGGAUUUUGACGCUGCAUACGAACGAGUUGAGUGAUCUGGAUGCGCUAACACUUGUGAAAAAAAUGCCACAUUUGAAGGAGAUUCAGCUGCGAAGUAAUCGGUUCGAAUGUAAAAGACUAAAAGUUUUAAUGCGAAUUUUCGAAGCUCGUCAAAUCUUUUUGGGACGAAAUGGAGGCAGCAAUGAUCGAUAUUUGUAUGCUUAUUACAAGAACUUUGAGUGCAUCCGGUAUUUCAAGAAUAGGAAUUACUAA